CUUCACUGUCAACUUUCCAGCGCGCGGAAUUGUACAAGGAGAGGAGUCGCAGUGAAUACUUUUUACACGUUGUAUUGUCUUGCCACCUGUUUAAACAUUAUUUUGUCCUACAACGUAAGGUAACGGCACCAUGUGGAACCAAGGGGGAUCAUACGGUGAAUCAAACAUGGGUGGUGGAUACACUCAGUCACCGGGAGGAUUCGCGUCACCAGCUGCCUCCCAGGGAGGAGAGAAGAAAGGGAGACAACGUGCCCAACAGAUUGUCCCCUGCACAGUGUCCCAGCUCAUGUCUGCUGCCCAAGCAGAGGAUGUCUUCAGAGUGGGAGAGGUAGAGGUUGCCCAGGUUACCAUUGUGGGCAUCAUCAGAACCACUGACAAAUCCAUGACCAACAUCCAGUACAAAGUCGAUGACAUGACAGGGGCCCCUAUGGACGUGAAGCAGUGGGUAGAUACGGAGGAUCCCAGUGUGGACAGCACUGUCAUCCCCCCAGGCACUUACGUCAAGGUCUCUGGCAAUUUGCGUUCCUUCCAGAACCACAGGUCUGUGGUGGCGUUCAGCGUCCGGCCCCUAGAGGACAUGAACGAGAUUACCUCCCACAUGCUGGAGGUGGUGCAGGCACACCUACUGCUCAGCAAACCACAGACUAUUAUGAUGGGCGGAGGAGGGGGAAUGAACACUAGCAUGGUGCCCAUGUCACGGCCGGGAAUGGGUGGCAACAUAGGAGGUGGAUACUCGGGUGCCAACGACAUGUCCGCUAACGGCCUGAGCCCGAGCCAGAACCAGGUGCUGAGCUUGAUAAGGAGCUGUCCAGACGCACAGGGUAUUAGCAUACAGGACUUGAAGCAGAGACUCAGCGGCAUGAGCUUGGCUGUCAUCAAGCAAGCAGUGGAGUUCCUCAGCAACGAAGGACACAUCUUCUCCACCAUUGACGAGGAUCACUUCAAGUCUACGGACAAUGACGACUAAAGCAUCUCUCCAUUCCCUGUUAGCACUAAGAAUAAGACAAUAGAACCUGUAGUCAUUCAUGGAACAGUGACUCAUAAUGAGGAACAUCAAGGGAUGUGUCUAUAUAAUCCUGAGGGUUUCUGUGAAAUGAGACCUUGGUUUGACUGACAUGGUUGCCAGUGUUCACACAUCCUGUUUCAACUUCUGUUAAUGAUACUACAGUAAGAGUGGGUGCAUCACAGUCAAAUGGCUUUUCUCACAGUGAAUGCAAUCUAAGAGUGACUGACCAGUUCUCUGAAUCAUCGGUCUUGGUAGUUUGUCAUAAAAAAAAAUGGUGAACAGAAUGCAGAACUUUGCUAUUCUAUUCAGAUAUUCUGUCUGUAUGUUUUGUUUUUGUCUCUAGUAAACAUAUAUUUUCAGAAAAAUGUGUCAUUUGUUCUCCAGAUAUUACUAUUUGAUAUUGUCAAUUUGGGAAGUAUCUCUCUUGCAAUGCGUGAAACCUUAGAAUGUAGGAGUAUAAUAUCAUACAGUAUUGAUACCCAAAGCAAUUAUACAUAUGCACCAGUAAAGCUUUGUGUUGAGAAUGAAGAUCCCCACUGUUAUCACUCUGGCUAUCAUAAGGUGAAUGCACCAAUUUGUAAGUCGCUCUGGAUAAGAGCGUCUGCUAAAUGACGUAAAUGUCACUGACA